AUGGAGCCGGCGGCGCGGCCCAGCGGGGAUAUCCUGAGGCGGAACCCGCAGCAGGACUACGAGCUGAUCCAGCGGGUGGGGAGCGGCACCUACGGCGAUGUCUACAAGGCUAGAAAUCUUCAUACAGGAGAACUGGCUGCUGUAAAAAUAAUCAAGUUAGAGCCUGGAGACGACUUCUCAUUGAUACAGCAAGAAAUAUAUAUGGUUAAAGAAUGCAAACACUGCAACAUAGUCGCCUAUUUUGGGAGCUAUCUCAGCCGUGAGAAGCUGUGGAUUUGCAUGGAAUACUGCGGUGGGGGAUCCCUCCAAGAUAUUUACCAUGUAACAGGACCUCUGUCAGAGUUACAAAUUGCAUAUGUAUGCAGAGAAACUUUACAGGGUCUUGCUUAUUUGCAUAUGAAAGGCAAAAUGCAUAGAGAUAUAAAGGGUGCAAAUAUUCUACUAACAGACCAUGGAGACGUCAAAUUAGCUGACUUCGGUGUAGCAGCAAAAAUAACAGCCACCAUUGCGAAGAGGAAAUCGUUUAUUGGUACCCCUUACUGGAUGGCCCCAGAAGUUGCAGCGGUGGAAAAGAACGGUGGAUACAACCAACUCUGCGAUAUCUGGGCGGUUGGCAUAACAGCGAUUGAACUUGCAGAGCUUCAGCCGCCCAUGUUUGAUCUUCACCCGAUGAGGGCUUUGUUUUUAAUGUCAAAAAGUAAUUUUCAACCGCCAAAGCUAAAGGAAAAGGCAAAAUGGUCAUCAACAUUCCAUAAUUUUGUGAAAAUAGCACUUACAAAAAAUCCAAAGAAGAGACCGACAGCAGACAGACUCCUUUCUCAUAGCUUUGUAGGGCAGCCUGGUCUUUCAAGAUCGUUAGCAGUUGAGCUGUUGGACAAAGUUAAUAACCCUGAGAACCAUACACACUACAGUGAAGUUGAUGAUGAUGAUUUUGAGCCUCACUCCGUUAUCCGCCAUACGAUUCGUUCUACAAACAGGAACAUUAGGGCAGAAAGAACAGCAUCGGAGAUAAACUUUGACAAGCUGCAGUUUGAGCCCCCUCUGCGGAAAGAAACAGAAGCUCGGGAUGAAAUGGUUGUGGCAGCUGGCACUGACUUUGCUUCGCAUUGGAAUCCUUUUGUCGAUGGUGGCAGCAGCAAAUCAACACUAAAGCGAGCAGGGCCACCUCCACUGCCUCCUAAGCCGAGAAUAAACAGUUAUCCUGAGGAAAACCUCCCAGAUGAUGAGAAAUGUCAGACAAUAAAACAUUUCCCAGACUCGCAGAACAGAGCCCCCCCAGCUCACAGGAGACAAAGCAUCCCUGUUUGCGGGCCUCAGACGGAUUCUUCCCCCGUUGGAAAUGGGGAUGGCAUGCUGAAACUCAUUGAAGAAAAUGCAGAAGGGUCUGGACAAAUCCCUCAACUGCCACGUAAAAAAGAGAAAAGAGAUUUUCCUAAGCCAGCAAUCAAUGGUUUACCACCAACACCGAAGGUGCUGAUGGGAGCGUGUUUUUCCAAAGUCUUUGAUGGUUGUCCUUUGAAGAUUAAUUGUGCAACAUCAUGGAUACAUCCAGAUACUAAAGAUCAGUACAUUAUCUUUGGCACGGAAGAAGGUAUCUAUACUUUGAAUUUGAACGAACUUCACGAAGCAACAAUGGAACAGUUGUUUCCUCGAAAGUGCACCUGGCUGUAUGUUAUCAAUAACACAUUAAUGUCCUUGUCAGAAGGGAAAACAUUCCAGCUCUACUCCCAUAAUUUAAUAGCUUUGUUUGAACAAGCCAAAAAAACGGGAUUAGCUGCUCAUAUUCAAACCCAUAGGUUUCCUGACAAAAUAUUACCAAGGAAGUUUGCCUUAACGACAAAGAUCCCUGAUACAAAAGGAUGCCACAAAUGCUGUAUAGUACGAAAUCCAUACACAGGACAUAAAUACCUGUGUGGUGCAUUGCAGUCUGGAAUUGUUCUACUACAGUGGUAUGAGCCAAUGCAGAAAUUCAUGUUAAUAAAGCACUUUGAUUUUCCUUUGCCAAGCCCUUUGAAUGUGUUUGAAAUGCUAGUGAUACCAGAGCAGGAGUACCCGAUGGUCUGCGUAGCUAUCAGUAAGGGUACUGAACCAAAUCAUGUAGUUCAGUUUGAGACAAUCAACUUGAACUCUGCUUCGUCGUGGUUUACAGAAAUUGGUGCAGGCAAUCAGCAGUUAGAUGCCAUUCAUGUAACGCAGCUGGAAAGAGACACUGUCCUAGUCUGCCUGGACAAAUUUGUGAAAAUUGUGAAUUUACAAGGGAAACUGAAGUCAAGCAAGAAAUUGGCCUCUGAGCUGAGCUUUGAUUUCUGCAUUGAGUCAGUGGUGUGCCUUCAAGACAGUGUGCUGGCCUUCUGGAAACAUGGCAUGCAGGGCAAAAGCUUUAAGUCAGAUGAAGUUACCCAAGAGAUAUCAGAUGAAACCAGGGUUUUCCGCUUACUGGGAUCAGACAGAGUGGUAGUGUUAGAAAGCAGGCCAACAGAAAAUCCAACCGCACACAGCAAUCUCUACAUCUUGGCUGGACAUGAAAAUAGUUACUAAGCAACAGUAACCUAACGCAAAUAACAGAGUGAAUUUGCCACACGAGGAACAAAGAAGCAUUAGGAAACUCAGUACAAGCGGGACUGUGACUUACUGUUUCUUUUCUUGACACCUAAAUGAUGUUGUUUUAGGGUGGAAAUCAAUACAUUUUUGCAGCUGGGAACAGCUGGUUCUGUCUCUUGCCACUGUGUGGUUGGUUGUAUCGAGUUUGCUUAAUAAAAGCUAUGAGAUAAAUAGCCCUUUACUCGUUAGUUAUAGGGAAACAGAGCCUUUAAAAAAACGUUAUGCAGUAAAGGUGCCAUAAACUGUUAAAUAUUUUACUUCCCUUGGGUUUUCCUUAUAUUCUGUAGAUACAGAUAUAGUGCUGGCUGUUUCCCUGUUUUAUACUGAGUCUUAUUCUUAAUAGAAAAGAUUUGUGUAGGAAGUGGAAGUAUCUGCAAAGCUUUUUGGUUUUAAAUCUGCCAUUCGGUAUGGCUUUGUAUAAUAGACUAUUUAAUCCUUAUUUAUUAAUCUGCUGCUAGAAUGGUGUAAUGUAUCUAACUUUUAGCAAAGGAAGGUUGCAGAGCAGCUUACAAUUUUUUUUACAAUUGUAUAAAGAUUUGAUUAUUCUUUUUUCUUGUAGGGAUGUAGUGCAUUAUUGAGGGGUAUGUUACAAUGUUGGUUGAUCUUGUAAAAAUGCAGUUUUGUACAACAAAGUAUUUUGUAUUGAUUUUCUGCCUGCAGAAUUGCCAUAAAAGGGAUUUUCUUAUUUACUAGAUGUAGGGUGUGUGUACACAAAAUAUAAUAUUGAUACAGACAUGUUGCUACUGGGUGGGUGUGUACAAUAUACGUGUGUGUGUGUGCGUGCAUGUGUGUUAAGUUGACCGGCAGUGUGUAUUUUUUAUAUAUAUAUAUUUAUAUAUAUAUAAAAAUGUACA